UAGUCUCCGAUUUGUAGCCAAGAGUGAUCUCACCGUGCGCUGAUAGGAUGCAAUGUGUCACUAUAACGGCCACAUGAAAGCUGCAGCUCCACACUUCUCCAGCCUGAGGAUAGAUGACUUUAUCUGAGCGCGGGGACGGGCUUUUCCUGCGGCACAUUCAUCUGUAACUUGCAGAAAUCCGGGCUUCAUCGUGGUCUCUUUUGCGGUGGAACAUUUUGGUGCAAGGGACAGAGAGGAUACUACUGCUGCUUGCAUUUGUACAAACAAGCGAUCGGCGCGUCCUUUUGGAUUCAAGCUGCAGUCCACUUCACAACCAACUGCAUUGCCUGAAGAGUAAGAUACAAAUGUACCUAUUAUGAAACAAUGCGCCGGCGUCUUUUCUGAUGAACUCUUUCGUGGAACAACAGACUUUCAUCCACAAGUGGAGCGUUUUUCUGCCUUCUAGUUACAGAUACAAACAUUUUACAACUACAAUGGGACAACGUGGUGGGCUAAGUAGAGGAAAUGUUGCCUAUGGAAGUGCAGCGAGAGUGCAGGGCAGUGACUUCCAGAGGACACCUGCAGACGAGUGAAUGCCGUCUCCGAUGUGGAGCUUGUCGCUGUCCGACGCGCGCUUGGUGCUGAAAUUUGGAUGAUGUCUGGCCAGCGAUUGCAAGGCUGCCGCUCCCUGCACCUCAACGAGGACAACGGCCGCUUCGUGCUGCUCGCCGUCCUCAUCGUACUGUACCUGCUGUGCGGCGCUGCGGUCUUCUCGGCCAUCGAGAGGCCCUCGGAGCUGCGGGCUCACGGCCGCUGGCACGGGACGCUCCUCAACUUCAGUGAGACCUUCAACAUCAGCCUGCAGGAGCUCAACUCCUUCCUGCGGGAGUACGAGGCUGCCAUCGCCACCGGGAUCCGGGCUGACGCUCUGAGGCCACGAUGGGAUUUUACAGGAGCAUUUUAUUUUGUUGGAACUGUGGUGUCGACUAUAGGCUUUGGGAUGACGACGCCUGUGACGGUUGCAGGGAAGGUGUUCCUGAUCUUUUACGGGCUUCUGGGCUGCGCGGCCACCAUCCUCUUCUUCAACCUCUUCCUGGAGCGAAUCAUCACACUGCUGGCCGUGGUGAUGAAGGCUGUGAGGGAGCGUCGAAUCAGGAACAGCGGUUUACUUCCGCCGGGCAUCCGCCAUGACUUCUCAGCCUACUCCCUCCCCGGCUGGAAGCCAUCCGUGUACCACGUGAUGCUGAUUCUCGGCCUGUCAGCCAUCACUAUCUCCUGCUGUGCGUCAGCCAUGUACACCCCUGUCGAGGGGUGGGCUUACUUAGACUCGCUUUUCUUCUGCUUUGUUACCUUCAGCACCAUUGGAUUUGGGGAUUUUGUUAGCAGCCAGAGCGCCGCUUACAAAUACCAAAGCCUCUACAGGGUGGCCAACUUCUUCUUCAUGCUAAUGGGAGUGUGUUGCAUCUACUCGCUCUUCAAUGUUAUUUCUAUUGUCAUUAAGCAGGUGCUCAACUGGAUUCUGGAGAAAAUGAGCUGCUUGUUUUGCCAGCGCUGCAAUAAGGCCACCGUACUCCUGGGCAGACGGAACGCAAUCCGCCCGGGCUCCAAGAGUCGCCAGGGUCGGACUGGCCAGUUGUCCGACUCUGAUGGACCUUGUGAUAGUGAUACAGAGGGACGCAGACUCUCAGGGGAGAUGAUCUCAAUGAAAGACUUGGCAGCCUCCAACAAGGUGUCGCUGGCCAUCAUGCAGAAGCAGCUGUCUGAGUCGGCAAAUGGAUAUCCCAGGACAGUGUGUGGAAGCUCACGGCAUAAUGGUUUCUCUGGGGGGGUUGGCGCUCUCGGUAUCAUGAACAACAGGCUGGCAGAGACAAGUAACUCCAGGUAGAGGACACAAUAAGUGUUGGAGCUCUUGAUUCUCAAACUGUCUAACAAUCCCUGAGGUUGAUCGCCAUAGAAAAAAUACAUUUGAGAUGGAUUGCCAAUGUUACUUGUCAUGCAUGAUACAUAUGAUUUUUUUGGACACUUUUGGUUGGAAUUACAAGCCUAUGGUGAUGAUGCAGGUAAUGACGGUGGUGUUUUCAGUGAUAAUUUGAUGAUGAAGGCAUGAAGAGAGAACCACAGAGUCAACAAAUAAGCAUACGAUGAUCUGGGGACCUCCCAUUGACCAUUAUGUUAACCUCAAACCAAACCCAGAACAAAUCACUGACAUGUCAGUGUUAAAUGCUGAGGUCUGCUAUAUGUGCUCAAUAUAUCAGACCUUGACAACUGAAAUGUUGUGCAGUAAAGGAGCCAAGGGAAGCAUACAGUGCAAUCUUCAUUAUUUUGGGAUUUUGCCAGUUUCUUUGAAUGUACAUAUUGAAUGCUGAUAUAAACAUGACACGUGUAUCCACUGAAUGACAUAGCACAUACUGAUCUAUGCAUUUUACUGCUCAUGCAUUUUUUGCACCAUUUCUAGACCUUCCAUUGAUUGUGCAAACUCCAUUUCUUUCUUGACCCAAGUCAAGUUUUACCCUCAGGUGAUUGAUUCCAUUUCUGGGGGCGAGCGUGGAAAGUGGAGUUCAGCUAGGCACGACUGUGAUGUAGUUGAUUUGUCAAUGCUGUUCGGAAGGGGAAUUUACAGUGCCACUAACGGCCUAUAAAGAGUAAUUUCCGAAAGAUGGAGAAAAGAGCACAGUUGAAAAAUGAAAAUUCAUUCCUGGUGAGAGAGGAGCUGUCCUUAUCAGCACAGAAAAAUGCUUCUGCGGCCAAAGACUUUGACUUGAAGGGUAAAAGAAAGCACCAUGCAACUCUUUCUUUCUCUUCUUUUUUAAGCUUAAAGCUGUCUGCUAGGAAAAUAAGUGAUAAAGGCUGGCAAUGUAUUAAUUACCCUUUGAAUGCAGAAUGUAUGUAUUCUGUUUUUGUAAAAACAGAAUAAAUGAGAAGUAAGUUUGUGUUUGUUUGAAGUAAAAGAUAAGAGAGGGGGAAAGAGAGGGAACAAGUGGAUGGUUUUAUCCUGUGGGCAAAUUACGUUAAACGAUGCAGAUUAAAGGAGGCCAGGUCAAGCUGUUCAGAAGCUGGAGAGGAAAACAAAACCAUAAGAAUACUCUGGCUUGCAUUGAUUUUUAAAUAGAGAUUUCCUGUUUUCAGAUAAAGAUUCUCUCUGUGAACUUGAUCCAAAAGUCUGCAAAGGUUGAUUUUCCUCACUUUCGGUGUGGACGACAUGUAAUGAUGGAGGAUGUUGGACGAGGAUGCAGUACUCAGUCAGUCUUUGCGAUCAAUGUCCUAGUUGCUGGCAACUAUCUCUUCCAAGUCAUCUGUGAUUUAAAGCUGCGUAAUGUUUGUUUGAUGUCAGGAAACAGCAAGGCAGAGGAGACGUUGAUAGUUAACCUGUCCGGGAGGCGAUGAUGAAGUAACAAAAACUCGAGAGGGGGGCCAUUGACAGCAAUAGAAAUGAAGGAGUUUAAAAUUCAUAUUCAAUCCAAAUACACGCCCUCUCAGCCAAAGGCUUCUCUUUCCUUUGCAUCAAUUUUCAACAUAUAAUAUCCUCCCAGGCCACUCACCUCUUUUUUGUGUCAUCUCUGCAUUCACCAAAACCUUUUACCUCCUAUUUCCCGCACAUCUCAGCUCUCCCGUCACGCUCAUCACCCUUGCACCGUGAAUACUACAAUGAGACAUGCCAUAGUAUAUCAUAUAAUGUCUUAAAAAGUCCUUUUACAAUAAUACGUGAAUUGGAUCUGGGUCUAUCCUUGAUUGAUUUUCAUCCUGGUUUUGCAUAGAUCUGAAUAAUUUAUUUUACCCCCCAGUGACACUUAGAACAAUAGAGAAAAUGACUCAGGUAGAUAUAUUCAGGCUUGUCUUAGUGUUUCCCGCAUGCCAUUAUGGUAAAGCCAUACAAGAUAGCUGUAUAUAAAACAGAGUCUUUGAAGUAUAUUUUUUUACAUAUAGCUUUCAGAUAUCUACAGGUGAAUGAUUGAAUAAGUCACCGUCUCAUGUCUUUAACACAGUCGGUCAGCAGAUUGAUACACCAUAGAGAACUUAACUACCCACUAAAAACAUGGAUACAAGGGUUACAAUGUGAACACAGGUUGUCCAGAUACUAAAGAGUAGAUUGAUAUGUUGGGAAAAUGGCAUAUUGGUAUUCACUUUCUUGCGUAAAGUUAGAUGAGAAGAUUGAUAUCACUCACACCUGUAAGGGGAAAUAUGUAGCUGGUUAGCUUAGCAUAGCAUACAGACUGGGACUAGCUAGUUGUGAGUAGUUCUUAAUGUGAUGUGUCUUUGUUGAUAUAACAGCUACAUUUGAGAGCUUUGGAGAUGCUAUAGUAGUUGAAAUGUUGUUACCUUUAGACACAUCUAGGCUGGUUCCCCUUUCCCAGUUUUUAAACAAAGCAAAACUAGCGCUGCUAUGCUUACUUGACUUUAUGGACUUCCUGGAGUCUUUACAAGAUCAUUUUAGAGAUGUAAAAUUAAUUAGAGAGCUUUCCAGCCAUGCUAGCCGUUUCCCCCAUUUUCUGGAAUGUAUCCAAUGCUAAGCUAAUAAGCUAUAUCUUCAAGGCUCUACCAGUCCACAUGUCUAGCUGACUAAUUACUACAUUACAUUUUAUUUGUUUCAUUUCAAUAAAAUAAAAAAGAGCAGGUAGCCAAGGUUGAAAUAAAAAAUAUGUUUUAUGACUAGCUUUCCCCCCUUUUCCUGUCAGCCAACAACCUUCAGUGCUGUAUUAUAAAGACAAAGUAGAAAUGACAAAUACUUGAGGCUUCCAGAUGUAUACAAGCUGUAGGCAUGUGAGAAUGGUAACUCUUAGCAAGAAUGUAUUUCCCAAAAUGUCAAUUUAUCACUAUUAUAUUUAAAAGCUCCCGACAGAGUAGCUCAUGAGCAGCUCAUGAGCUCACUGUGUGUUGGUGAUGUGAUGUGAAGUGGGGUUCAUGUGUUGCCCGACUCUCUUGCAGGCAAAUAGAAAGUGCCAAUCCCUGGGACAUUUGAGAAGGAGUAUGGCAUGCUGUAGCAAAUGACAUACUGUAGAAUGAAUUCAAUGCUGUUCCCCUGUUGUAAUAUGUUACGGGGGACGUGUUGCUGGCACUUCUCUAUAUUGAUUCCUGAAUGAUGUACUGUAUGUUAACCUUCAUUUCCCCUCUGAGCCUUGAGGUUAUAAUGGAAGAUGUUUCAGGUUUGCUCAAAUAUUUGUUAAAGCCCCUGUAGUCCUUAGGGUCUAGCCAGCUGCAUUGUAUCCUUUAACCUACCCUUGACAAGGAGCAUGUGUGUAUGUAUGCAUUUGUGUUCCCACCUGCUGUGUAAAGGACUGGAAAUUAGAAUUAAAUGAAUGUGAUAUGUUAUCUUAAAUGCUUCCCUAGAGUCCCCCAGAAGGUAUUCAACUUAUAAUAUGAUCAAUAAAAUGUUUAUUUACUUAAGCCUAAAACACAUCAAUCUUUAAAGAAACUGAAUAUAAUAUAUAGAGUAAUGUUUUCUCACCUAAAAUGCAUGUGUGGCUUGAAAUAAAUUGCCUUACUUUAGUGCUUACUACAAAAAGACUCCAUAUUGAAAAGAUUAUAGUGUGCAGAACUUGUGUUGUACUAUACAAUCAUUUUCCAUUUAGCGAAAUUGAUCUCCAUCGAUUGCAAUGGUUUAAACCUCUGCCCUCUGUAUCCUCUGAGGAGGCAGGUGGUCUUAGGAUUUGCUAUUUGUUAUCAGGACAAAUGCCUCUAAAAUGUGAAAUCAAUGACUAUUCUGUUAAAGUAUAAUUAAUUCCUGUCCCGUUCUUGUCAAAAACCAAAUUAGGUUUAAACAAUGCAAAAUGUCCAAGCCCACACUAUUAGUAGUUAAUAUGGGUGAACAUAGCAGACUUGGAUCACAGCGCUGCAUGAUUUGCAGAACAAGUUAUGUAAACGGUCAUUUAAUCUCUAUUCUCACUAGCAGUGUUUAUUCCAGUCAACACAUAUCGUACAUUAUACACGCACGAAGAUCUACCCUGUAGUCAACAACACUUUGACUGUAAAAUAGGCCGAUUAAAAUGUCAUGCUCCAUAGCCAUUACAAGGCCCAUAAUAAAACAGUUUGUUUGAAAUAAGCAGAGACUGGUGAUGUUUUUAGUGUUGAUUUUGAAGGCUGUCGAUGGUGCUAAGGCAUUAUCAUUUAUUCAGCAAAGCUUCUUUGUGAUCACAUUAUGGUACAUAACACUGUGCUCGCUCCAGUGUCCUCUGAAGAAGAGUGCAUGAAUGCUUUUGUAUUUAGAGACUGUUAAAGCUGCUAGUUUCAGCAACAAAGUGUAUUUAAAUUAAUUUGGCUGGAGCACAAGUGGUAAACAGCUGAGCGGUUUGGAAACAGAAUGAUGUAUUACUGCUCUGCUUGGCUGCUCUUGAUCUUGAACAAGAGUCAAAUUAUUGGCCAUGAUCUGGAGCUUGUUUUCCAAAUUAGCAGGAUGUGUGCUCGAUGUUUUUUUUAAUGAAGACUGAUGGUAUGGAGCCACAAACUACAUUCAGAUCUUAAUAUGAAAGAUUCUUCAAGGUGUCUGUGGUCCACAGUAAUGCUGACCUUCGGGUUUAUCAAAAAUAAUUAAACACCUUGUUGUGUGUCUUAUGUUGCUUGCAUCGUAGUGUAACAUCCAGUUAAUGUAUGCAAAUUCAUUCUGUUUGCAAGUUGCACAUUUAUACAAAUGAUUGUACUUUUAUAUUUAUGUAAAUAAAAGUAAAACCUAUAUGAAACAAAA